UGAGCUUCCGCCCUACGGGGUGUCUGUUUGAAACAUUAGCUUUCUUUCUAGUUGGCGAGCCUUUUUGCGAUGAGGAAAAGGUUAUCUGGGCUUGGCGGUGUUGGACCAUCUGUGCGAGGGCAGCUCCUGAUGGCAUGCGUACGCAGUACCAUGUCAUUUGGCCAGCAAGCAAGGGCAACGCUACCGACAGAAGUGAGAGAGCUUGCAGAAGUUGAAGCACUGAUGGCGGCAAAGCUAUCCAGGCACCCCUUGUGGAGAUAUCACAGAGGUGAAGUGAGAAGGUCUGAAAUCUUAAAAGAGAUGCGGAUCCCUCCUUUGUCCGCGUUCUUCAAAUACAUCAAGGUCAAACAUUGGGGCCACGUACUGCGGGCGGAGUCCUCAUCUUUGGAGCGCUCAGCAAUACUAGGGCAGUUUUUUCCGGAGCAGUCGGCGAUCUCUCCGGGGCGAGAAGCUUACCUAAGAACAAUAGCUGACGAAAAAGAUGUCCCCCCUUCUGAGCGGCUGGUAUACUCGUUACAGGAUCAGGUAGCGCGGCAUCUGACUCGAGAAUGCGGACUCUCGCCAGCUAUGAUAGAGUCUCUACUUCAGCCUUGCCAGCAAGAAGAAGAGGAAGCGCAGCAGGAAGAGUUGAGUGAAAGCGAACAAAAAGGCCAUGAAGCGAAGGAACUAGAACGCUAUGCGGAAAGAAAGCAGUUUUAUUAUCUAGCGACCCGCGCUGCCUUUAUCUACAGCACAGUAGAGGAGUGGACUUCUCACGGGAGCGCACAGUGGGAAAAAGAGCAGCUCUGGGGCGAAAUGCUGUGCAAACAUCUCGAAGGAAAGUCGCGAAGCACAGCAGCGGCUGCACAGAAAGUAGAACAUGUGGAAAAGCUUCAGGUUUGGCAAAACAACGAACAAGGAGUAGCUGACGCUUCGCUACAUAAAAAGACAAUAGAAGCUACAUUUGUUCUCACCGGCGGCGCGUCGGCGACCUUAGAGUCGCUACAAGGAGGUGAGCAGCACAGUGCGGCGAUUCCAGGGGUAGUCAUAAAUCCCCAAUGUUUCGAAUCGGGUGAGGUGGCCAUAAUUCACACAAAGCAGGGAAACGAAAAACAAAGAGGGACCGCCAUAGUUAGCUUCUCAGGCCCAGUCUGGCUACAUCAGGUGCGCGCGUUCAAGCAGGGCUCUACAGCUAUGAAGUUCAAACACGUGGGCACGGUAGAAGAAGGCUGGGAAGCAUACACGGGAGAUGCGUUUACAUGUGGUGGCUUUUGCUCGGAAAUAAAGUCGCUGCGCAAGAUGGUUCUGCCGGGGGAAAAAGGAACUCUUCUAGAAUUUGCACGAGACUCACCAUUAUACAUGGUCACUGCUGCUAGUUCGAUCAGCACUAAAGCGAUUAGGAUAAGGAAAAUGCCUCACGCAGCAGGUAACUGCCCUUCGUGCGACUGGAGAUGGACGAAAAACUUCUCGCAAAAUGAAUGGGAUCUGUCCAGUCCUGAGGUGAGAGCCGACGCAUUAAUGGCUCACUUUGAACAUGAGCACCCUGUCGCAGAACCGAAAGUUGAGCCUUUAGCGCAGGCAUUGAGGAAGGUAGCGAAGCAAGACGCGCAAGGGGAUUACGCACUGAAGAAGCAAAAGCAAAGAAGAGGAUCAGGCGUCUGCUUCUGGAGGUUAAAAUCGGCAGGGCCGAAACUCAAGACAAGGAAGAAACAUCCCGAGCGAUAUGAGUGUCGCAUAUGUGACAUGCGUUUUGCUACCUCGUACGGAUCGAUGAAGCAACAUGAACAAGCUCACCAAGCCAAUGAACCAACCAAAUCGUACAAGGUUGUGAUCAAGUCCACCCCGACUCGCGCAGCAGUUGGAAGCGUUCAGAACUUAUACAGACCUGAGCAGCACGCGAUACAUCCAACGACAGGAAAGUACUACCCUGGGCCAGGCGUCAAGCUGCACAAACUGUACAUCCCGACAAUUCUGCGCUGCAAAGAACGAACGAAGAAAUGCCUGAGAUGUCACAAGUGCGAAAAAUGGAAAGUAGAGUUUGACGAAGAAGUGAUGACGAUGUUGGCAAGAUCAAAAAGGAUAGAUCUACUCAAGAGACACAUGAGGAAGUGCAAGAAAAAGUAGAGGUCAAAAAAGUAACGAAAAAGUGGAAAGAGUUUCUCUCUUUGUUAACCUAAAACUAAAACUUAACCUUCAUAUACAUAAAAAAAAGCAUUGAGAAGCCCCAACAAAAAACAAAUCCUAAUUAAUCCCUCCAAUGCAAACCCAUGCACUAGACAACACCUCGCGAACAGGUACAUGAAUGAAUGAAUGAAAGUUAGUUCC